AUGUUUACAAACAAUACUACAUCAAUUUCUCAAGAUUCCCAUGAUAAUCAAAACAAUGAUGAAAACCCUUUAAUGAACAAGGAAACUUGGGGAGAAUAUCUUCAUUGUACUAAUGAUCAACAAAAAUACAUUAAUUCAUUAGAAGGAGGUUCUAAUACCUUUGAAGAUAGUGAAAAAUAUCAAAAUGAUGAUGGAAAUUAUAACUCAGGGUUGGGUUACACCAAUGAUGGUGGUAGUGUUGGUUAUAAUGAUAAUAACAUUGGAGAAAGAGAUUCAAAUUCUGGAAAUCAAGAUGAUGGUGACUAUGUCAAAAGUGAAAACAGUAAUUCAUCUGGAGGAGAAAAAUCACAAGGAAAUAUUUCAAAAGAAAGCGUAUUUUUCAGUGGAAUUCCAACAAAUGUUGAUGAAAAUUAUCUUAAAGAAGUUUUUGGAUGUGGAGGACAAAUUGCUGUUAGUGAAUUUAAUGGAAGACCUAAAAUUAAGCUUUAUAUGGAUAGAGGAUCUUUUAAAGGUGAAUGUAUGAUAACAUAUACAAAUUCUAUAACUGCUAAAGAAGUAAUAGAUAAGUUUAAUGGUGCCACAUUUCCUGGAACUGAAAAUGUCUUGACUGCAAAUUUUGCUGUUUUUAAGGAUAGAAGUCACGGUGAUUCUAUGGGAGGACGUGGUGGAAGAGGAAUGCGUGGCGGAUUUAGAGGAAAUCGUGGAAAUAGAGGUGGAUCAGAUCGUGGCAAUUUUAAUAGAAAUGGAUAUGGUCAAAGACCUAGUCCAUAUGGUAAUCCAAGAGAAGGUCAAAGAGGACGUGGUCGUGGUAGUUUUGUUGAUCGCGGUAAUUCUCAGGGAACCACAAAUCAAGGAUCAAUGUAUGGACAAUAUUCUGGUGGUGAUAAUUACCAAGGUAGUCAUGGAAGUUAUAGUGGACCAUAUAGAGGAAGAAGAGAAGGUGGUGGUAGUAGAGGAGGUUUCUCUGGUGAUCGUAGAGGUGGAUAUGUUGAUAGAGGCAAUUUUAGAGGUGGCCGUGGUGGAGCUGCUGGUGGAAGUUAUGGAUCAGGAAGAGAUUCAUAUAAUCAAAGUAGUGGUGGUUAUCAAGGAUACAAUAGUCAAGGAAAUAAAAAUGGAUUUAAUAAUCGUGGAAGUAGUAGAGGAGGAAGAGGAAAUUUCCGUGGCUCAUCACAAAAUUCAAAUAAUAGAGGACCUGGAAAUUCAGAAAUUCGUCCAAAUGACUGGGUUUGCCCAUGUGGUAAUAACAAUUUUGCUUUUCGUACUGAAUGUAAUAAAUGUAAAGCCCCAAAACGUAAUUGUUACCCUGCUCCAACCAAUCAAGGAAGUACUUACCAAACUGAUAAUAACAAAGGAUAUAAUAAUAGUGGAUUAAGAGCAAACGAUAAUAAAGAUUCUCAAUUUUUUUAA